CUGAUCUGAUUUCGAUCUUUGGUCUUCUGGACUUGAAAUCCCAGCUGAACAUGGCUAAAGUGCACUCUCGUUUCUACUCGCUAAUGCCUUUAGUUUGGGGAUCUAAAGUUUCCCUGUCACUGUUUGAAUUGGAAAUAUCCAGCGGAGAUCUGCGUCACUAUCUAUCCAUAAUCCGCACGAAAUUACAAGUUUUACGGCUCAAUAUGAUCAACCGGGAAAGCUUUGAAAUACUUACCAGCUACGUUUUUCCGAAUGCACACGACUUUCGAUUCUCAACAGAGUCAUUCCAUUUAAAAGAUGCGGACAUUCUGAUGAUAAUUAAAGCUUUUCCACAACUGAGGACAUUCAGUCCCGUUGGCCAUUUUACAGGAAAAUACUUUGCUUACAUUCCGCAUCUGGAGAACCUCAGAAUAACCUACUGCGGUGGAUUCGAGGGUAAUAAUCUAGUGCAUAUAAUGCAAGCAAAACAGUUGAAAACCCUCAAUCUGGACCUAUUUGGCUGUGACGAAGACAUCCUCGAUAUAGAUUUACCCACUGAUGGUAUGAAAAGUAUAGAGGUUCUGAUAUGUGACGAGGAGGAAUUCAGUAUAUGGUUUAUGAAUAAUUUGAAGCAUCUUAAAAACCUAAAACAGCUUACAAUCCGUGGAAAAAAUAAUCCCAGUAAGCUGCUCGAUAUCGCCGAAAAGUUGAAGGCUGUAGGUCGCCACAGAUUAAAACAACUGGAAGUACACAACGCUUGCAAUUCAUAUUUUGAUGCUGAACGCCUUCAGUUGGAUGUUGAAACAUUCGUAUUGAAUUACGUUAAAAAUCUGUUUCCUUCAAGGUGUAAUAUUACGCAUCCCUUUCGCCACAUCAAGCGUUUGCUCUUCUAUUCGUGCAAUAUAGAAGAUGCGGACUGCUUUGGACAUUUCCUUCAACUCUGCAGGCACGUUGAUGUGAUUGCAUUUGAAGACUGCAGCUUCGGAUUUCAGCACUACACAUUCUCAGCACCGCGAAUCGCCCGGCAUCGUGCAACAGCCCUCAACAUGUAUCUAGAAGGAACUACGUUUGUGAAACACUUCGAGGACGGUGCCCCGAUGACGUGGAGCGUCGAGGGCGAAGACAGGUUGUUCAAGCUGCACCUAACUAAAUCGAAAAUCCACUGCGUUGGCCAGCGCAACAUAUCCAUUAACUUUUAUCCUGCUGAGACAGAAAUAUAAACCAGAAGUCUGCUCACAUAUCGCGCGCACUGUGCAAGUGGGCUGGUUCCACUCCACGACCCAUCGAAGUGUUGUGUCAUCUAUUCACUCGCAGGGGAAUUUGGCUGAUUUUUGUUUGUUUUAGUUUUAGUUUUCACAAUUGGGGCAAUGCCUGAUAGCGGUGUCGUCAGCGAGUACUGAUAUAUGUACAUAGCGUAACCUUAUCGAACGGCGAUAAAAGCCGACUGCCAACAAGAGGGUUUACCUUAGCCCUAUAUAUUGCCAUAAAAAUGAAUGAAACUUGUUUCUAAUGACACAUGCGGAAUACCAUCAAAAGCCUGCAUAUAUUUAGGAUAUACUUAUGGAUGCACUGAUGUUUAUAGACAUAGCCUGAGCGUCAUGGUCGAUUCAAAAAGCUAAAGAAAAUACAUUGCGCACUUUAAGUUUUCAA